AUGCAUGGAAUAUGCUCCAAGCCAAGUGCAAGGAUCGACUUUCGUGGCUAUUCGGACGCAGACUGGGACGGCGACCUUACUGAUCGCAAGUCAACGUCUGGCUACGUCUUCAUGCUAUUGGGUGCUCCAGUGAGUUGGGUCAGCAAGAAGCAGCCAAGUGUGUCACUGUCUACAAGUGAAGCGGAGUACAUUGCGCUAAGUCUGGCGAUUCAAGAAGGCAAGUGGAUCCACCGCUUACUGUGCGAGAUCAUGGCAGCUGCUAAUGAGGACGGACCCGAUCUCAUGGUCCGAGAAGAAAACUAG